AGAAUGCUAUAAAAACCCUACCUUUCUACAUAAUUGACGGCACUUCCGUUCCUCGCGUGCGAUCUGAGAGCUAGCGGCGCGGGAGAGAUGGGCCAUUCUAAUGUCUGGAAUUCCCAUCCCAAGAACUAUGGUCCUGGAUCUCGGGCUUGCCGAGUUUGUGGGAACCCUCAUGGACUGAUCCGAAAAUAUGGAUUGAUGUGCUGCAGGCAGUGCUUCCGCAGCAAUGCCAAAGAUAUUGGCUUUAUCAAGUAUCGCUAAAGAUGUUAUAUCCCCACGGGGACUGGACUUAUGAAGCUGCCUCGUUUCUGAAGAAAGUCUUUUUUGCUAUAAUGUAUCAAUGUGAUAUGCUUCAUCUGUUCACCUGGUAAACUUCAUGGUUUAGCAAAUUAGGUAGUGAACUGAGUUUUGAAAGAUUGGUGAUUGGUCUUAUUCUCAAUUUGCUUUUUUAUGUGGUCCUUUCUUUAAAUUACUGUAAUAAUUGUGCACAUUAUAUAUGCUAAAAUCAAACACCUCAGUCACUUUAGAUAGCCUUUUAGUAACCAUGGAAAGGACUGGUUUCUAAGUGGCAUGGAUAUGAAUGAUGGUAGUGAUAGAUUAA